ACGCACGAAUGAGAAACCGCGGAUUACUGUUGGUUUUGGCGAGUGUGCUCUACCCGGCCAAACAUUGACGGCUUUGGCUCCAGCAUCCCGGCGAACCUCGUCGGGUUAAGCGCUCCGGUUAAUGAAUGAAUGAGUAAAUGAAUGAAUGAAUGAAUUUGACAGGAAUCAAUCUUUUUUACGACACCGACUGGAAUUUGGAUUCGAUGAGUGGUGUUGCUUUUCCUUGCGCAUGCGCAGUUACACGCAGCGUUGGCCUCCCUCUCAAAGCGGCGCUCGGCAAUGUCAGUCAGGGCGCAUGCGCGUGCGUUCAGCCUCCGUCCGACAACAAGGAGCGAAAGCCAGCCAACAUGGCCGACGUGGGAAAGAAGUACUGCGUGAACUGCCUGGCAGACGUGACCAAUCUCCGGCUACGCUGCACCGAUUGUCCCGAUAUCGAGCUGUGUCCAGAGUGCUUCUCGGCGGGCGCAGAAAUCGGCAACCACCGGAGAUGGCACGGCUACCAGCAGGUCGACGGCGGUCGCUUCUCCCUCUGGGGUCCCGAAGCGGAGGGAGGAUGGACGAGCAGGGAAGAGCAGUCGCUCCUCGAUGCCAUCGAGCAGUACGGCUUUGGAAACUGGGAGGACAUGGCCGCUCAAGUGGGAGCCGGCCGCACGCCGCAGGAAGUCAUGGACCACUACGUGACCAUGUACAUCCACGGCAACCUGGGGAAGGCCUGCAUCCCCGACAAUAUUCCCAACCGGGUGACGGACCACACCUGCCCCGGCGGCGGGGCGCUGUCGCCCAGCCUCACUGUCCCGCUCCCGCCUCUGGACAUCAGCCUGGCCGAGCAGCAGCAGCUGGGCUACAUGCCGCUGCGCGACGACUACGAGAUCGAAUACGACCAGGACGCCGAGACGCUCAUCAGCGCCCUCUCCGUCAACUACGACGACGACGACGUGGAGAUCGAAAUGAAGCGCGCCCACGUGGACAUGUACGUACGAAAACUACGCGAGCGGCAGCGGCGGAAGAACAUCGCCCGGGACUACGCCUUGGUCCCUGUCUUUCUGGGCCGAGACAAGAAAGAGACGCGGGACAGGGACAAGUCCCCGGGAGUGGUGAGCGCGGCGGGGACGGCGGCCGGCGCCCUCGCCGCGCCGGCUUCGGCCGCCGGUACCUGCCCGGCGGUUCCCGCUCCGCCCAAAAGAAAGAUCAACAAGGAGGAGAAGGAGCAACGGAUGCGGCUGCGGGGGCUCUGCCAGUUCAUGGCCCACCGAGAAGUGGAAGAGCUCUUUGAGAACAUGCACAAAGAGCGUGCGCUCAGGGCCAAAGUGCGGGAGCUGCAGCGCUGUCGCCGCAACGGCAUCGCCCGCCUGGACGAGGCGGCCGAGUACGAGGCGGUGCGCCACAAACGGGAGAAACGCAAGGAGAAUAAGAGCGUGCUCAUCUCCAAGCGGGGCGGCGGGCUCGGCCCCGGGACGGCGCCGGGCGGCGGGCUCGGCUCCGGGGCGGCCUGCGCCGCCAAGGAGGAAGCCAAAGACGGCGAGUUCGCCGCCAUCGAGAACCUGACGGGUUUCGAGCUGCUGUCGGACCGCGAGAAGGUCCUGUGUAGUUCCCUCAACCUGAGCCCCGCGCGCUACCUGACUGCCAAAACCAUCAUCGUCAAGGACCACCUGCAGAAGAGACAGGGCGUCCCCUCCUCCAAGAGCCGGCUGCCCGGCUACCUGGACAAAGUCCUCAGGAAACGCAUUGUCACCUUUCUCACCGAGAGCGGCUGGAUAUCCAGAGAUGCGCUUUAGGCCCGGGCGGACGGACGAGACCAAAGUGACCAGCCGGCCGGCGGCGGGGUUGGCCGUGCCUCCGGCGGGCGCCGCCAUGUCACCUCCGCUCCUAAAGAGGACGUACGCAAACUUGAACAGGUUUCCGCUGUCUUGUCAGCGCGCAACGUGGAGCUUUGACUAGCGACGGCGCCAAACGUGGAAAUUUGGGUGUUGCGAGGGACUCACCCGUAUGACUUGAAAGAUUGACGGAUAUUCAAGUUGUUGUUAUUACCGAUGAUUUUUUUUUUUAGGCCAACGUCAAUUUGGUGAUUUGUCCGAACAAAAUAUUUGAAUUAAUCGGCAGAUUAUUGGGAGAGAACAAAAGAAUAUAUAUAUAUAUUUUAAUUUUUUCCGUCCCUUGACACGAGCACCAUUCAAGAUAUGGAUUAGAGAGGCAAAUUGACUCGGGCUACCUGUUUAACUUUACGACAGAAAGGAAAAAUUGGCUGAGCCCCUUUUUCCCCUGGGAGGUGAAUGUUGGAAUCUCAUUCGCUUUCUUGUUCAUGUACGAGGACAGAAAAGCCAAACAUUGGUGGAUUGAGGACUGCAGCAUUUCUCGGCUUUUUGCCCGGCGACAUUUUCCUACGGACCAUUUGUAAAUGGUGUAGGCAUGGAAAAACAAAGAAAAGAAUUACUGGUGACCUACCUGUACAGCAGUAUUUUCCAUUGUGCAAUUGAUUUUUGUAAUCGCCUUUGUAAGUAAAAAGAUGAAUUUUAUCUCGCACCAAUCAA